CAUUGGCGUUCAAAGUAACGAAUUAUUAAUAUAUAUUUUAUCAAAAUACCGGAAAAUGUUGCGCGUAUCAUUUGUUCCUGGUAUGUCUUGAUAAUAUUAGAAAAAGUCUGGUAUCUUGUUCGCAUGUACCGUGUACAACAAUAUCACGAUCAAUAAAUCGAAUCAACGAGUACUGGUGAAUCUCGCAAAAAUUACUUGCAAUGCAGAAUAGCAACUGAAUCGAUUUAUGAAAAAUCAACGGUGAUCCCUGGAUGUUUCUAGACGAUUGCAAGAGGCAUUCAAACAGAAUACGUCCUUGAGAAUGUCGCCGUAUGAAGAAAAGGUAACGGCGGCAAUAUGUCCUAAGGCAGAGACAGACUGUAACAUAACGCUGAAGAGGAAUCGGUUAGCAAACGUUGAGCCGGUGAAGAGGCAUGCAGCAACGACUCAGAACGAUGAGUCGACUGAGAUUAAGUACGUACCGAGGAUAAAGUGGCUGGAUUUUAGCGCGCAACUCUUCAUACACGGCGGAUGUCUUUACGGGCUGUAUUUGGUGCUCACACAGGCGAAAUUGCUUACUUCGCUAUGGGUGUUUGUGACGAUUUAUACAUCUGGCUUUGGUAUUACGGCUGGCGUUCACAGAUUAUGGUCGCACAAGGCAUACAAAGCUAAAUGGCCCUUGCGUCUAUUUCUAGUCUUCCUCUUCACGAUAACAGGACAGAAAGAUGUGUACACAUGGGCGUUGGACCAUAGGGUACAUCAUAAAUAUAGUGAAACCGAUGCAGAUCCGCAUGAUGCGAGAAGAGGUUUCUUUUUCGCUCAUGUAGGGUGGCUUUUUACGACACCCCAUCCAGACGUCGUCGCCAAACGCAUCGCGGUCGAUGUGAGCGAUCUAGAAGCGGAUCCCAUAGUUAUGUGGCAAAAAAGAUUAUAUAUACCUCUAUUUGCACUUCUAACCAUCGCACUGCCAGUGGGAAUUCCUUGCUACUUCUGGUCGGAAUCACUAUGGAUAUCGUUUUGGGUGAACUUCAAUUUCCGCUUCUGCAUUAAUUUAAACAUAGCCUUCUCCGUCAAUAGCGUGGCACACAUGUGGGGUCAGAAACCUUACGAUAAAAACAUUUCGCCAGUGGAGAACAUUGCGGUAUCAAUCGCGGCGCUUGGUGAGGGAUAUCACAAUUAUCAUCAUGUGUUCCCAUGGGAUUAUAAGACCGGUGAGCUAGGCGAGUACCCGUUCAAUCUUACUACCGCCUUCAUUGAUGCAUUUGCACGGAUCGGGUGGGCCUACGAUCGGAAGUAUGUCUCACCAAAUAUGAUCCGUCGUAGAGCACACCGAUCUGGCGAUGGAAGUCACGUCUGGGGUUACGGUGAUGUCGAUAUCUUGAAAGAAGAUCUAGAGGAAUUAGAUGUCAUGGACAAUCAUGAGCUGUGAGACUGAAAAACUUGAAAAAAUAUUUUGAGGAGAAACAUUUCCUAAUGUCAUACGUGGACCACAUGUAAAGUCUUUCGCAAAGAUUUGAGCUAAAAUAAUAUAGGGAUUUGAGAUUCUGUAUAAUUUCAGAUUGCCAUAUACAGUAUAUACCAUUGGGAGACAUUUAAUGUAAUAAUUAUUGAAUUAAAAAGAUAUAUAUUUUAAUUGCAAGAUAGUCGGUAAAGCACAGUUGGCGAUUAUAGUCAACAAUUAAUAAAU